AUGAUGAACAACAAUGGUAAGGGCGCGAGUCUGUCGGCGCCCCAUGGCCCCGCGGAGCAGGAGGUUGUUGCCGAGGCCAUUCAGAACGCCAGCAUCGUGCCGGCGGAUGUGGACGCAGUGGAGGCGUACGGCGCCGGAGCGUUCCUGCCAGAUGCCAUCGAGGUGGGUUCCAUGGUUCGAGCCCACCGCAACGAAGAUAGGAAGGAUACGCCCUUGAUCCUGACAGCUGUCAAGAGUAGCAUCGGGAAUCAGGUGGAGACCUCCGGCAUCGUGGCCUUCAUGCGGGUGGUCAGUGCCAUCCGAUUUGGGUACGCCACGCCCAACCUGCACUUGCGGCAGGCCAAUCCCCACUGCGACCUGGAAGACCAAGCCGUCAGCAUCGCCACGGAGCUCAUGGAGUACCAGAAGCAGAGCGCCUUCGUGGGCGUGAUGUCCCGAGGCUUUGGGGGCUCGAACGUCUACACCAUAGCCUGGGGAUCCACAAGGGACAAACGUGAGCAGCAAGUGGUUAUAUCCACGAGAGAUAGCAUCAUGUACUGGCCGGGUGGUGGCGGCGCACUGGACCACGAGCUUCUGCCCGCGCGCUCGUACAUGAUCGUGGGAUCAUGGUCCCAAUGGCGCGAGGCGGAGCCCAUGGAGCCGGAAGGCGAGGGCACCUACAGCUAUGUGGCGGUGCUGGGGGAGACGAGGUUUGAGAGCUUCCAGAUCUGGUUGGAUGGAGAUUCUAACCGGGUGCUGCAUCCUGGUCAUUCCAAAGGGUACAAGGAAACCACCGUCUUUGGCCCGGAUGGCAUGGGUCAUGGCUGCAAUUGGGUCAUCGACGGCAGACAAGAGCUCCUGGCCGUGAAGAUCCCCAAGGAGUUGGGGGACAAGAGUUUGCUGCCGAAGGCCUUGACGGAGGAAGAACCGGUGCAAGACGGGCAGAAGUUCCCCUCUGCGGAUUACGGUAUGCCUGGGGACUCCUAUCGAAUCACCCUGCGCAUCACCGGCAGAUGGAGGAAUGUGACUUGGGAGAAGCUGCCGGCAGGGCAUCCGCAGGCGCGGAUAUCAGACCAGCUCGUGCAGGAGAGAAUAAGUCAGUUCUACAUCGCCGGAUCCUGGAACGACUGGAACCUCCAGGAGAUGACUCCAGCUGAGCCUGGGACGUACGGCACCACGGCGGUGCUCUGGCGUGGAGGUGGCGAGUUCCAAAUUCUACGGAACAGGGACUGGGCCCAGGUGCUUCACCCUAUGAGUCCCAAGGCCAAUCAUUUGGAGGCGAUCGGAGGUCCGGACGACAAGGGCCACGGGCUGAACUGGGCCCUGCAGGGCCAGGCUGGCGACGUGUACCGGAUAACCCUUACGCGCCUGGGCGAGUCUGGUGUGUUCGAGUACCGCCUCAAGUGGGAGCUUGAAGAAGAGAAGCCGAGCCAGACGCUUCAUGCGAGAUACUGCAUUGUCGGUUCGUGGGACAACUGGGAGGCGGCGCAGGACAUGGAGUUUGACGGCACCUACUACAAGUACACGGUCACCCUGGGCCUGCGCAAUGAGGAGAGCUUCCAGAUCCUCCUGGAUGGAUUGUGGGAAAGGACCCUGCAUCCAGACAGGCAGAAUGCGACGCCCUACGUGUCCCACGUGCUGCAGGGGCCCAGCAUCAGUGCCCAUGGCUUGAACUGGACCGUGGGCAGGGAUGGAGGCGCUUUCGGGACGAAGUACGAGGUGAGACUGCACCUUACAAAGCGGGGGCUGCCCAAGAACGUGGACUGGGUCAAACUUGCGUGA